UUGCUGUGUAGUACAACGAUACUCACUCGUGUGUUACGGUCUCUCUCUCAAGUCAUGGCCCAUCCACCGAGGUUGACCCUCGCGGGCCUGCUCCUGGGAUUUCUUCUCUUCGUCGCGCCCUCCGGAGCCAAUAAAUGCAGAAGUGGCUGCCAUGGGCUUCAAUCGAGCAAGGCGUACCAACAAGGUCACACUUACACUUAUCAAUUGGAAGGUAAAUCUGUUACCUCCGUAACCGAAGCUGAAGGAGAGGCAACUCUCAAGCUAAAUGCUCUCGUUGAAUUAUUCAUCAAGCCUGACUGUGUUCACCAGAUCAGAUUGAAGAACGUGCAAAUCAAUGGGGCUCCCGUAUCUCAAGGUGAGAUCGAGAGACACGGUGCGCAGUUCAACUAUCACAAUGGGCACAUCGAUACGGAGAUUUGCACAGAAGCCGGAGACACUCAGGCGGCCCUGAAUGUGAAACGAGCAGUGAUUUCUCUGUUCCAAGACGCUGUUAUCCAGGAUGGUGGAAGCACCACUCAUCACGAGACAGACGUGUUCGGCACUUGUCCAACUGACUUCACGUUCAGCACCAGCGGAGAGUCUCGAAUAAUCAAGAAACAUCGAAACCUCGAUGAGUGCUCGUACCGUGAGAACAUAAGGCAAGACCUGAUGUCCACAUCGUUUGAUCCCAAUUCUGGCUACAAAACUACGCCAAUUCUUGCCUCGGAACAAGAUGUGGAACAGCAGUUCACCCGCGGAGUUCUGAACAAGGCCAAGUCCGUUGAAAUCUACAAGUUGAAACCCUUCAGCAACGGGGAGGCUGGCGCCAAAACCGUCGUCGAAACGACCUUGACAUUUAAGGGAGAAAAGCGUGACAGUCCUCCAGCUCCGGUCUCCGAACCGAAGUCGCUGGUCUUCGAGGUUCCACAUCCGGUCUUAAGAUCCUCUGUUGACGCGAUCGAAAGGGCCCUCCACAACGUUCAUGAGACGAUGCCUGACGAUGUGGCUCGAUUCGCCGCUCGCCGAUUUGUGGAACUGAUCAAAGUACUCCAGAAGAGUAGCAAGGACGACAUCCUAACUGCUUACUCGCGCGUCAGAAGUGGUGCCGGGUUCGAAAAGGACGCAGCGAAACAGGUGUUCCUGGACGCUCUAUUUAGAACCGGAACUGGGGAAUCGGCGGAAGCUGCAGCCGAGCUUGUGAAAAGCAGACAGCUCAGCACACUGGAGACCACGACGUACUACACCAGUCUUGUGUUCGUCCGACAUGCCAGCCUCUCGUCUGUCACCAGGGUGACCAAUUUACUGAACACUCCUAAUCUCCCGCGUAUAGCUUACCUCGGGAUUGGUUCGGUGAUCGGAAAGUACUGCCAAGAGCACAACUGCGAAGACAAGCCCGAGAUAAACGCGGCACUUGCUGUAUUCUCAUCUAAACUCAAGAAGGCGACGACUCGUCAGCAGGAAAAUGUCGUCAUUUCCGUACUUAAGGGACUCGGAAAUGCCAGGUACCUCGACCAAGCCACCAUGUCAAAGAUCGCCGGUAUCGCCGUCGACAAGUCCGUUCACAAUCGCGUAAGAGUCGCUGCUAUCGAGGCCUUACCAGCUAAGUGCUCGAUGGAUUGGAAGAGUACUUUGUUCUCCACUUUCGCUGAUCGUUCCGAAGACAGUGAGAUCAGAAUCAAGGUUUACCUUUCCCUGGUCGCUUGUCCGUGUUCCCACGUCGCCCACACAGUCAAAGAGGUACUCGACAAGGAAACCAUCAAUCAAGUCGGAUCGUUCAUCCAAUCUCAUCUCCGCAAUCUUCGAGCAUCGACGAACCCCGAAAAAGAGAGAGCCAAACGUGAACUGGGUCUCAUCAAGCCUCGCACUAGGUUCCCUGAGGACUUCCGUAAAUUUUCUUACAACGACGAACUGUCUUACAGUAUCGAUGCUCUGGGUCUUGGUUCGGCAGCUGAAAGCAACGUUAUCUACAGUCAGAACAGCUUCUUCCCCCGUUCAGCGAGCAUAAACCUAACAACUGAGGUGUUCGGUCGGUACUUUAACUUGUUGGAGGUUGAUGGACGAUUUGAAAACGUGGAUGUCUUGCUGGAAAAAUACUUGGGUCCUAAGGGGAUUCUGCGACCUUCAAAUCUGAAGGAUGUUCUUCUCGAUGGAAGGAAAUCGUACGACAAUAUUGUGAAAAAGGUUUCGGAUCGCUUCGAAAGUAAAGUAGGACGUCGUCAUGCUCGUGACGUUAGUCAAAAUCAAAUUACCGAUUUUGGGAGAAAGCUUCGUUUGCCAGAGACUGAACUCGACGACGAUCUCGAGCUUGACUUGUCGAUCAAGUUGUUCGGCGCAGAACUUGCUUUCCUCAGUUACCAAGGAAAUGACGAAAACCGCCCAGAAUCGAUCGUUGACAUUAUCUUAAACGGUCUUGAGGACGGAGUAGACAGAGCAAAGAACUUCAAUUAUAACCUAAAGAACCAUUUACACUUUUUGGACGCUGAAUUGGUGUACCCAACUGGUCUUGGUCUUCCAUUGAACUUGGGAAUUAUGGGAACAAGUGCGGUCCAUCUGAAAACAAGUGGGAAAAUCGACAUCAUUGAAAUCAUGAAGAAUCCAAAGUCAACGUCAAUCGAAAUAUCUGUAGCACCAAGCGCUUCUGUAAGAAUUGCUGGAAGUUUGAUCAUAGAAGGUUUUGGCAUUGAGUCUGGACUCAAGGUUCUCACCACUUUACACACAUCUACGGCCAGCGAUGUUUCCAUCAAAUUAUUGGAUGGAUACGGAGUGAACGUGAACUUUGGCCUUCCAAAACAAAAGCAAGAAUUGAUUAGUAUCGAAACCGAAGUUCUCGUCAGCUCCGGGCCUAAGGGUGACAAUUACGUAUUUCCCAAGUUCAGCAAGGGUCAAGAACAUUCCGAUUGCUUCGAACAGCUUUCCGCCAUUGUAGGGCUCACCGUGUGCGGUAAAAUCACUUAUCCAUACGACGGUCUGACCACCAUUCAAAAGAAGCCUCUGUUUCCUCUAAGCGGACUAGCUUCAUUCAUACUUUACGUAGAAAACAACGACGUGAAGAGCUACCACUUCAGAGCUUACUAUGACACGAAAAACCCCAAGGCACGUUCUCUCGAAAUCUUAUUGGAAACACCAAACAGUAGAACCGAGCGCAAGAUCUCACUUCUCGUGGAGGCAGCCGUCGAACCCGAUAAGUUAUUGAGACUUACGUUUGACUCACCGUUCAAGAAGGCAGUGGUUGAGGGUAUAAUCAAGAAUACUCCUCAGGAACAAACUCUCACAGUAACUGUUCGUCACGACAGCAUCGAGUACUUUGGACGAAUCGGUGUAAUAUCUUCUGGAAAUCGUUACAGACCUGUCCUUGAAUACAAGGUACCAGAGCACGUGGAAAAACUAGCUGGAACCAAAAAUGGCGUCAAGAAUACCCGCCGAAAUGAACAGCACUAUACCGUUGGUGGUGUGGUUGAUGUUAGUGACUACAACAACGGAAAGAAGUACGUCUUCAAUCAACUGUCGUUGGUUUCCGAAGGUCAUUACAUUGUCAACAUUGAUGGAACCGUCGCUGUGUCUCGCCAAGGUGGGAACGCCGAUCUCCAGAUCGCAUAUGGUGAUGAAAGGUUGUCGGUGAAGGGUAACAGUGUGAUUUCAAACGCUUUCACUCACAAAACACAGGUAUCGGUUGCUUCCGCAAAGAAACCGGAGAAUAGUUUCAGUGUUUCCUUUGACACCGAGGGUGAUGCAAAACACAAUAAAGAAACUUUCGUUUUCGUUCAUGGCAGUGAUUUGAACUCGCAAACAAACCGUAUCACCUAUCAUGGAGAGGAGAAAUUCGACUAUGUGAAUAGUCGUAAAUUCGAUAUUUCGUUUGACAGAAAACUCACUUAUCCCGCACUGGGAUUGGUGGCUAAAAUGGAAGCUGGGGUGACUCCCAAGUCUUUUGAAUACGAUCUUGAGUUCAAGUACGCCAAAUUCAAUUUCGAGUCGGAAUUAUCUGCAAAUAUUGGAAAGUCAAAGCCAGGUGAUUUCGAGGCUGAAUUUGAGGCAAAGUUGCAGGGAAAUAGCAUCAAGCUUAAGACGAACCGUGCCGUUCUUGGUGAGCAUAAAAACAAGUUCGAAUCUUCGUUGGAAGUUCAUCCUGGCGGUAAAUACGAGAUCGAAGCGGUAAUUGAUCACGAUAGCAAGUCUAAUGACAUCGACACCAAAGUCGUGGCCAAGAUCAAGGUAAAUGGGAAAAAAACUGAGAUUGAUGUAGGCCUAGAAGCCAACCCGAACAAAGUGAACUGUAAUGCUGUUAUUGACUACGAAAACACCAAAUAUCUCGACUUCUUAUUGGCCCUGCAACGUGGAACGAAUCCAAACGGCCAGCUCAACCUAAAUUUUAAAAACUACUUAACAGCCAAGGGCCAAUUCAGGUACGCAAAAGAUGCCGGAGGUGAUGCAGAUAUUGAAAUCAAUGUCCCGAAGUUCAGCCGUAAGAUUGUGGGUCACGGAAAGGUCGCAAUUACCGGAAGUAGGCACGUUGCGAAUGUUGACAUCUUGUACGAUGCAUCGAAAGACCCAAAGAAACACAUCAAGGUAUCGUCGGACACUGACUUGACAUCGACGUCAUUUGACACCAAGAAUACCAUUGACAUAUUGGAAUAUAAAACUGUCGUAAAUGCUAAAGGAAACCGUCAGGGUCGUUCUGAUAAUGGACACCAGAAUUUCGAAUUUGAUGUGACCUUCCCGUGUGGUAGGAACUUUGUUGGAAAGGGUAGCAGAGAAGCAACUACCAAAAAUGAACUCUUGAAUGGCAAGAUGCAGUUUGAAUUGACUGACCACGUGACCAAGGGAGGAAAGAGCCGUGAACUCAAUUAUCACGCUGAAGUUCACGAUCUGAAUCUUGCGGCUUACACCUACGAAGCCAAGCAUGUCUUGAAGUUCAUCGAUUUCGAAAGAAAAGAUGUCAGCAUUUUGCUGGACCUUACGAAUCUAGUCAAUGCCUCUGGCAAGAAAUCUAGGGACAUCAAAUUCAACUUACUCGGUACGAGAAUACCUUCACCAUUCUCAUUGGAAGUUUCAUAUGAUUCGGCGAAGGACGAUGCUUCCGGUUCCGGAAAAAUCAAGUCCACUCUGGGUAAUAAUCUAGGCUUGGAGGUAAACGGAGCUCUUGUCCGCGGAAACAAUGUCGACAAACCAACAGCCGUGGAAUGGGUAUUUGAGAUCAAGUUACCCAGCCAGAAGCUCAGUAAUCUAAAAUUAGCAUACGCUGGUACUAUUCUGACUCCCAUCGAACCGACCGGUCGUUUUGAAUACAUUGGAAAGACGGGAUUGACUUACAACAACGAUCAAACCAUCACAUUGGAUAGUCGUUACACGAACGUUGGUAUUUUCGUCUAUGAUCACGUCUUCGAAGGAUCUGGAAAGGCAACCCUUACAGUUCUCAGUAAUGCACCAAUAACUGUUGGCUACAACUACAAACACGAUCCCACAAAGGAAUUGAAGGAAACAUCAGGUUCAUUGAACGUCAACAAUGGAAACAAACAGACUAGCAUUGCUGUUGACAGUACUUACCUGGAACGCCUGAACGUUAUUAAUCUAAACAUUAAAGUUGCGACCCCACUUGAUGCCAUACGCAACGCUGACAUCAAAUUCCAGCAUGAGGGUACAGAUAAAAUAGGAAUACAUUCCGUUCCCAGCUCCAGCAAAACAAAUAUAAUUGCGAUUGUUAAUCAAGCCAAAUAUACUCUGGAACAAGAAGUGGCAGUGCAGACGGAAAAAGUUAGUGGCUCCGUAAUUAUUACUACACCUGAGGGUGUGACGAAACACAUCGUAGUGAUAAACAAGCUUGGAGAAAAAAAAUUCUCAGGUGACUGGAAAUUCAGUACACCAAAAGGAUUCGUGAACAUCGAUGGUGAGGUUGACGUGAGCAAAAUCGAUGACUUCAGUAUUAUAUUCAACUUUGAUAGUGAUAAGGUGCAGACACGUAAGAUUCAUGGAGAAAUUGCUAAUAACAAAGUUGCCAAGGGUGGAAAGAAAAUUGUGAUAAGCAUCAGCUCCGAGGGAAAGAACAUCGUUCUUGGCAGUACUAGCUACAAGAAGCAUUCUGAAGGCGGUAAAUUAAUUGUCGAGGGUAACGGAAGCUUGAAGAUUCGUGAUAGUACCAAGAGUUCUUCGUUCAAAUACACACGUCAACAAUUGACGUCGGACAUUGAUGGAGAACUUGGUGUUACCAGUCUUUUGACCUUUAACUUUGGACCUUCCAGUAUUGUUAGUGAAUACAAACUUACCGACAAGGAAGUCUUCGUCUUGAACAGUUAUUGCGAGCAGAGUGCGGACUGUGCACAAGUCAAGUUACAGUCAAAAUCAAGCCAAACAGGAUUGAAACGCUCCAGGGAAAAUACCCUCGAAGUUGACCUCAGGAAGUUCAACGUUCCAUACGAAUUUGGCUUGAAGAGUAAUUCCGUGUUUGAUCCACAAUCUGGAUACGACGAAUCAACCAGUUUGUACCUGCAUUCUUCAAAGGGAAAGACUGAGUAUAGCUAUCAAGGUUACCUUCACUCGACAGAAUCCGGUGUUAUUCUGACUUUGCCGAAUCGCGAAGUAGCCCUUAUUGGAAUCGUGAACCUUCCCAAAAACAAGCGCUCCGGAGGAUACAAGAUAGACAUUUCAUUGUACCUGGACAGAAAGCGUAGUCCAAAGGAGAAGACCAGUCUAAUUACUACUGGUGAUGUCCAAAUCGAGAAGAGUGCUAUCAGUAUCACUGGGGAAAGCAAGCUCACGUAUCCAUCUCAGCACAAGGACUUGAGCGUGAAAGGUAAACUCCACGUGGGUGGUGCUCAUCUGCUGGAUGCCAACUUGGACAUUGACGUAUUUGCGAAGAGGAAUCAGAAGAUAAUCGUGGUAGCAAAGGUGCUCAAGACUCCGAUCAACGAUAAUACCGGCUACAAUGUGACUGGAUCAUUGUCAGUUACCAGUUCAGGACAACGACUGAAGGUUGAUGUUGAUGAGUAUCUGACUGUUUCACGCAAGGAAAUUGCUUUCGGAUCAUUCUUGGCGUACACCGAUGAACACCAAAAACCCAAGUCGACUGGCGUAGAGUUCUCUGCAAACCCACAGGGAGUUCACCUGCUCAUCAAAUCACCAGACCAAGAAUUGAUCAAAGCUAAUUCCAAGCUCGAACUGGCGAAGAAUUCACUAAAAAUUGAUACGGACAUAGCUGUAUUCAACAACGCCCCACUCAUCACCACUUUGGAAGUCAGGGAUAUGAACACCUUCAAAUACCUGGCUUAUGAGACUGACAAUCCUAAUAACAAAUUGGAGGCUGGCGGUCGCGUUGUAUUGGGACAAAUAGCUGAGGUGCACGCUGAUUCGUUCAAGGAUGGAGCUAAGAAAGAACUUUUCCGCAUACGCAUCCGUCUCGAUGAACGCAAUUAUCUGAAGCUAGACUUCUCCUUUGAGAAGAACAACGUUGCCCAAGUUAUUGACUCCUACCGUAUCCGCGUGGUCGAAGUGGCCAAAUUGGCAAAUCAAUUCGUUGAAAGUUUGGCAGAAGAGAUUGUUACCGAGGUUAAAGACUUGUUGGAACAUCUGAAGAAGGCUAGGCCUAAUCUGAAACCACUUUUGGAUUACUACGUGGCCGAGCUUAACAAGUUGAAGGACGAACUGAACAUCGAGGCCGAAGGCAUCAAGCAGAUCCAGGCUAAACUAAACGAAGUAUUCGGUGGUACUAUCAAGGUUGUUCUUGAAGUAAUCAAGAAAUCGUCCCAACGGUUUGAAGAGCUACAAAAAGUAUUCACAGAUAUUGUCGACAGACUCGGCGUAUCGUUCAAAGCGGCUCUGCCUGAAUUCCAGAAGAUUUGGCGUGCGAUCAAUGCUCUGACCAUUGAGUUAUUCGAUGACGCAGUACAGGCUUCAGCUACUAUCCUCAAGACUUUCGCAGAUAUUUUCAACGCUAAUAAACAGGAGUUCAAACAGAUUGCCAUUCUGAUCUCAGAGCUCAGCCGCGAUAUCGCAGCGAUUAUCGUUAAAACUGCAACUCAAAUUCAGAAGGAGGCACAAGACUUUUACACUCAGUUGAUCAACGAACUCAAAGCUUUACCAAUCUAUGAAUUUGGAAAGCAGAAGUACGAAGAGCUUUUGAACAUUAAGGUACACGAAGGAGUGAUUCGCGCUGUAACUGAUCUUGUUCAGUCACUUAAACAAUUCUUGCCAACCAAAGAGCUCCAAAACCUUCUCACUGGUACCUAUGAUUACAUCAUCAAGCUCGUCAAACACGAAAAGGUUGACGACGUUCAGGAAAUCAAGAAUCUGUAUGCUCUCAUCCUACACGCCAUUGAGUCCAUCGUUGAACUUGUCAAGACCCAUACUACCAAGAAUAACCUCUCCAAUGUUAUCGAAACUAAAUUACCAUUCGACCUAAGUGCUCUAUCCAAAUUACCUGGAAUCGUCACUCUGAAGCUUUCAGUUCUCACAUUGCUUCGCAAUCGAGAAUGGCCAACAUUGAACGAAGUAUUGAACACGUACAGACCAUCUAGAUAUCCGUCGGACCUGAUACCACCGUUUGGCAAGUUUGCGACAUUCGCAGAGAGCAGCUUCUUCUCGUUCGAUGGAAGCGGUCUUGCUCUUCCUGGUCGAUGCAGCUAUGUUCUGGCUCAGGAUGCCCGCGAUGGUAACUUCUCCAUCGUUGCCCAAUUACGAAAUGGAAAAUUGACUGCUGUGACGAUCGCUGAACCCACAGAGAGCAUCACCAUUCAAUCUACCGGACGUAUACUCGUCAACAACCAACCCGCCGAUUUCCCUGCCAGUACGAAGAACCUUCACGCCUCACUGCAUUAUCCAAGGAUACGUGUUGUGUCUGAGUACGGAAUAACUCUGGACUGUGAUUCAGAAUCUGGUUUGGUAUGCAGCGUACACGUGUCUGGAUUCUACCAUGGUAGACUACGUGGUUUACUUGGAAACGCAAACAACGAGCCUUGGGACGAUUACACUCUCCCAUCUGGCAAGAUUACCGAGAGUCGUAGUGAGUUUGGUAAUGCCUUUAAGCUGACGCCUGGAUGUGCGGACGUUAGUCCUGCCGAUCUUCGUGCACCACAACAUGAACCUAUCUGCACGCAAUUUUUCACUGGAUCGUCUUCGAUGAGUUCUUGCUUUGAUCACACUAACCCAAGUCAGUAUCGUCAAUACUGCGAUUUGCUUACUUCGCUCAACGGUAAUGAUGAGGCAUCGAAGAAACAGAUCGCUUGUAAAGUUGCUAAUGCCUACGUUGCGGCUUGCAAAAACAAGCUUUUCCCAGUUCGUAUUCCAUCUUCAUGUGUAUCCUGCCAGGUUGGAAAUAUGAAGGUGGAUAUUGGCGACACUUUCAGUGCGCAACAUCCGAAGAAGCAGGCCGAUGUGGUGAUCGUGGUUGAGCAGGCAACUGAAAACAUCAAAGUCUUUAACGAACUGGUACUCCCUCUUAUCAGCUCGAUCAGGACCGAACUCAGAGAUCAAGGCAUAACCGAUGUCCACGUUGGUCUGAUCGGUUUUGGCGAUCAUAUGGAAACUCCAGAGCACUACACGCUCAAAGGAAGCCGAAACAUCGACGGAGAUCAAGUGACGAACAUGAAGUUUGCGCCUAGGAUCCCGACCAUCACUUAUGAGGAAGCUAAAGCUGGUGACGGAAAGAAAAAAUUGGAUUACUUAGGACAGGCUAUUGUUAAUGAAUUGGGAACUUUCAAGUUAACCGACGCAUACCAAGAGGCUCUAAACUAUGACUUCAGGCCAGGAGCGUCAAAGACUGUCAUCGGCGUUAUCGCUACUCCUUGCACAAAGAGUCUUCUACCCGUAUCUCUGCAACAGUUGAGAUUGCUGUUUGGAUUGGUUGUUUACAACGAAAUGGGUCUGACUUACCAUGAAAUUGCCGAUAUGGAUGAUAUUCUGAUUUCUGGAAAGGCUGACAAGAGUGUUGUCGGAUUUGAUUCUGACAGUGUAUUUACCUUCGCUGAUAGCAAGAAGAGGCCCAUCGAAGGAAGCACAGAAUUGAAGAACAAUAUGGUACUCGCCAGUCGCGACGUAUGUGCGCAAUUCGCUGCUGACUCUGGUGGCGGUGCUUACAGCGCGCACAAUUUCCUAGAGGCGAAGGAUAAUAAGAAAAAACAAUUCAAACAAGUUGUCGCAAGGAGGAUCGUGAGCAGUUUGGUUGACACGGAAAUUCGGGAGGAUUGUGCCUGCAAGCAGGGAUACGGUGGAUCUGCUAAAGUGGAAUGCAAGAUCGUUUCGCGGAAGGAAAAAGAGCCCAUUACGAGGCGCACAAAGACAGAUCGCAAGGGUUAAGAAGCAUGAAAAAAUCUGGCCGUCUGAUAACAUCAAUUAAUUAGGGAUGUCGUAUUUGUUACUUUGUUUUGAUAUUUCAGUAAUAAUACUUUGAAUUUAGGCUACAUAUUUCAUAUAUUUGUAAUAUUGUGUAACUCAGUCAUACCAGGGAAUAAUUAUUAUUUUUCAACAAUGUGUGUUUGAAAUAUAGUUAAUUUUAUUGGAAACACCAGAGGUAGAAUUUUACGUAACGAAGUUUCUAAACGUCACGAAUGCACAAAUAGAUGUAACUCACUUGACUGUAUAAUGUAAUAAAGAUUUAUAGAUUUAUAUUCAA